UCUUCGCACACCCCAGCCGCCAAGCAAACCUUUCACCACAAUACCCUGCCUCCUCCUCCUCCUCCUCCUCCGGUCUCUGACUCAAGCUUUCUCUUGCCUUCAAGUUUCCGACGGAACAAACCUAAGACCAGUAAAUUAAGUAAGAUGUCGGUUUCUGACGAACAAAUCACGAAGGUAUUCAAAGCACGAAGAACAGUCAUGCAAAUGCUGAGGGAUAGGGGAUAUUCUGUCUCUGAUUCGGAUAUUAACAUGACAAGACAACAAUUCGUUGAGAAAUUUGGUGAGAAUAUCCAUCUCAAAAGGGAGGAUCUUUUAAUCCUUUGCAACAAAGGGGAUGCUCCAACUGAUCAGAUGUAUGUCUUCUUUUUUACAGAAGAAAAGGUUGGUGUUCCUAUAGUGAGAAACUGUGCAAAGCGAAUGAAAGCAGAUAAUGUUUAUAAUGCAAUUUUGGUUGUUCAAAGAGCUUUGACAGCCCCUGCAAAAGCAGCGAUAGUUGAAAUUAAUUCAUACUUUCACAUGGAAGUUUUUGAGGAGGCAGAGUUGCUGACCAAUAUCACAGAACAUAUGUUUGUCCCAAAGCACACAGUACUGAAAGAUCAUGAAAAAAAGGAAUUGCUGCAAAAAUACAGGGUAAAGGAAACACAGCUACCCCGUAUUCUGGUCAGUGAUCCGGUUGCUAAAUAUUACGGUAUGAGGCGUGGACAAGUUGUGAAGAUCACUCGACAAAGUGUGACUGCUGACACAUACGACACAUACCGAUAUGCUGUCUGAUUUUCCUCUCAUUUUACUGUUCUGCAUAAAAGGGGUUGGGGGACCUUCUAGGGUAUAUAUGAUUUUUCUUCUUAUUUUAGGCUAAAAGCAUUUGAGCCGUUUUUGUGCUGAAAAUAACUUUAAAUUUUAAUUGGAAUUUA